UAAUAAAGUUAAUAAGUGAGAUAAAAGUAGCACGUCACAUUAAGCUGUUUAAGUACUUUGUCCGAUUAGACGAGUGCGAGACGUUAAAGUAUACAUCAUAACGGACACUACUCAUUCUGUCACUUUUUAGAGCUAAGCUUCUGUACGACCUGAAUUUACAUAUGCUCAUAUAACUUAAGAAUGUGGUUCAAGCCGCUGUUCCUGUCGCUGGUUUUCAUAAUGCUGACUACUCCACACGUUCGAACACAAGACGCCGAGAAAGAAGGAGAAAGUGAAGAGGAGUUGCUGAAGCGUUGUUAUGGAAACUUCGGGUGCUUUUCAAUUGGCAAACCUUUCUUAUCUAUUUAUCGUCCAAUCAACUUGUUCCCUGCGCACCCUGGUGUCCUUAAUGUUCAUCUCUUCGAAACGUCCAGAAAUAAUCCUAAACACUUUCAGAGACUAAAUAAUGAUAAUGAAUCGACCUCAGACUUUGACCCUACUAAACCAGUGAAGAUACUAGUGCAUGACUAUCUUGAAGAUGCUAAUCACCCUUGGAUAUUGCAAAUGAUCCAGGAACUGUUGACUAACAGCGACUGCAACGUCGUCACUGUGGACUGGUCAAGAGGCGCCACCCUGCCAUACACCCAGAGCGUGGCUAAUGCUCGUAUGGUUGGUGCCAUUAUCGCAAAAUUCUUGACAGAUUUACAAGAAAAACAAUCUGUGCCCCCAUCCAACAUACACAUAAUUGGACAUGGAGUGGGAGCUCAUAUUGCUGGCUACGUGGGAGAAAAUGUACCAGGUCUUGGCAGGAUAACUGGACUUGAUCCGGCUGGUCCUUACUUCCAAAAAACUGAUCCACAGGUCCAUCUUGAUCCCUCUGACGCCGAGUUCGUCGAUGUCAUCCACACUAAUGACGAACACAUCAUUGUGAAUGGAUUAG